UGUGAGAGAGUGAAAAGAAAAGAAAAAUGAGAGAAAAUCUGUUGUCCUUGCCCUCCUAUAAAUUCUCUCCUACUCUCACUCCCACUCAAAUCUGUUUCAUCUCACUCCAAACUCCGAAGCUACGACGGGCCUCACCACCGCCGCCGCCGCCGCCGCCGCCGCCGCACAGCAGAGUCCAGACAAAGGCAAUGGAGGUGGGAGGGUUAGAUUCCAAAGGGCGCCAAUUCAAGAACGCGGAGGAGAUGUGGCGUGAACAGACGGGUGAUCCCAGCAAGAAGUGCGAUUGGUACAAGCAUGGCGUGGGGUAUUGGGAAGGCGUGGAGGCAUCUGUCAAUGGAGUUCUUGGUGGGUAUGCCCAGGUCAAUGAGCCCGAUAUUGAGGGUAGCGAAGCUUUCCUCAAUACCCUCUUGUCUGAACGCUUCCCUAAUUCUGAUCACUUCGCUGCUCUUGAUUGUGGUUCUGGCAUUGGGAGAGUCACAAAAAAUCUUCUCAUAAGAUAUUUCAAUGAGGUUGAUCUUCUUGAGCCUGUAUCACAUUUCUUAGACGCUGCCCGUGAAAAUUUGGGUCAUACGUCCUCAGAUAUUCACAAAGCCACUAAUUUUUUUUGUAUGCCUCUUCAGGAAUUCACUCCAGAUGCUGGAAGAUAUGAUGUUAUAUGGGUGCAGUGGUGUAUUGGGCAUCUCACAGAUGAUGAUUUUGUAUCAUUCUUCAGCAGAGCUAAGGCUGGCCUAAAACCUGGUGGAUUUUUUGUCCUGAAGGAGAACAUAGCCAGAACUGGAUUUGUGCUGGACAAUGAAGAUCGAAGCAUCACCAGGUCUGAUUCAUACUUUAGGGAGCUCUUUCAGAAGUGUGGGUUGCAUAUUUACCAAUCAAAGAUCCUUUGCAUGUGGAUAAAUUGCUGGAAAUAUUACAGUGGACUUAAGUGGCGCUAUAGAUGAGAAGUUCAAAUUUCAGUUGGUGGAUUGGGAACUUGCUUGUUGUCCUUCUAAGUUGAAGUGUUUAGAAUAAGGAAGCUAAGUACCUAUAACCAAGCUUUGCUGGCAAAUGAUCGUAGUAUUUGGGGAGGAAAGAUCUUUGGAGGCAUAUAAUUGGGAUGAAAAUGGAGUUUCCUGGGUGAGCGGAUGACAGAUAUAGUGGGGAGCACUCACAAUUGUAGUAAUAUGCUUCCGUUAAUUCUUGGAGUACACAAAAGAUAGGGGGUCCAUUCUAGGAAUCUCAUGUUUGGUCAAGUUUGCCAAGAUUGAGAAUCAGAGUAAGUUGAUUCACUGAUGAGCCUAUUAUAUUUCAAUAUCCUGAUGGAUGAGUGGACUGAUAGAUAGUGAGGGAAGCCUAACAUAAUGUUAUAUAUCUGAGUGGGCUGAUAUAUAUGUAUUUGGAAUUUAAUUCCAGGCUGUUUGAUGUGGACUAUUUGGUUGGAACGUAAUCUUAGUUUCUUUGAAGAUUUUGAGAA